CUAUUAUAGAGUUUCCUUAAGUUAUAUCAAUCAAAUCUAUUUUUUUGUUCUUAUUUUCUUAUUUGAACUUACAUGGCAUGUGUGCAAAGCACGGAUAUCACUUGCAAGAAAAAUAUCUGAGAAUUUAAUCUUUAUAAUAAAAUUUUAUAUUCAAAUCUACUCAAAGCUUAAUUAUAGUAUAAUGACACCAGGACCCCCUUAUUAUAAGAUUAAACUCUCAGAAAAGUGCCAUAAUUAGGAGGUUUAGGUAAUAAUUAAAUUAGCUAGUACGAAAAGGAAUAGAAAAUGAAAAACAAAGACAAAAUGUGAGGGCAUGUGAUAUCAUAAAAGCGUAGUCAAUAGACCGCGGAUCUUCUUUGUCACCACUUGUCUGUCGAAGUCGCUUUGACCCAUGCACCAUCUAAUUACUUCCACUAAUACUACAAAUUAACAUAAAUAAAUCCAAUUAUAAACAUAUAAUGUAUGAUUAAUGGGCAUUUAUCUCUGCUAGUCCAGUUUUGGGAGAAUAUGUCACGUGCAAACUUUCUAUUAGUAUAUUUUUAAUAAAUCAAGUAUUGAAUUUUCACUCUAGCUAAUCAGAUAUACGUCGGUCGUUUAUUUUUUGAUGUCGCUGAAAUUUAUAAAUAAGCAGGUUGGGUUUUGAAUUUUGAUCAAAUGAAAAAUGUAUGGCCACGAACGUUGCAUGUCAUUCCCAUGUUACAUACUGCCAAUGUAAGAAAAGAGUAACAAAUUAAGUAUGACAGAAUUUAUUUAUACAAAUUUGAAUCGAGUUCACAUGAUGCGAAUUUGCAAAGGUUGAGUGUGCCUAAAUAUCGCCGACUUAUCCAUUAGAUUUUAUUAAUGUUAUUUCGUUCAUAUAUGUUGCUGUAAUAACGACAAAACAAGAGCCAAAAAUUAUUAGACCAACCUAAGGUUUGAAAAUUAAUAGGCGGAAGAAGUAGGAGAGGCUGAUAAUAAGUUAAAAUAAGAUAUAACUUCGUAUAAGACCAAUAAACUGAAUAAAAUUAAGUAGAGAUAGAAAGAUAAAUACAUAUAAUGUACAUGCAUGUGUAUAAAUUGAGUAGAUUCUUCACGCAUUGUUUUUCUCUCUAAACCUUUCUCAACAACACUAUCUCUUUCUUGUCACAGCAGUUCAAUCUCAAGAACGAAAAGAAGAAGAAAAUGUCGGGUUCGUCGGAAUGGAGUAGUGGAUGCGAAUCAGGAUGGACUCUGUACUUAGACCAUUCUGUUUCUUCUUCUCCAAGCUCUUCUUGGUUACGAGACUCCAAUGGGUUUGAUAACAGAAGAAGAAGCAAAGACUCAUGGAGCCAAAAUUAUGUGCAUCAAGAAGAAGAGGAAGAUUUAUCAAUGAUUUCAGAUGCAUCUUCUGGCCCAAGGAAUAUUUGUGAGGAAGGUUCUGUCAAAAUCUUAAACAAUGUUAGUCCUAAGAUACAGAGCAAGAGAGAAAACAAAAGAAGAGAUUAUGAGAAAAUGAACUCUCUGCUUGAUGACACUGCUAGUUCUCAUAUGUUGGAGAAAAGUAGUGUGGGUGGUAAUAAGAUAGAGCAAACCUUUCCAGAAAGUACAUUGGAUUAUUCACAAGGCUUCUCAGCAACUCACUUUCAGGACAAAACAGCAUUCCAAGAUCACUAUGGUUAUUUGCAUACGGAAAUUCUAAAUAACCAGUUAGGUAAUAUAUAUACUUGUUUACUCUUUACUCUUUACUCUUAUGAAGCGUAUAUAUUCCAAUCUGACUAAAACGUUAUCCUUGUUUACUCUUUACUCUCGUGAAGCUUUUAUGGAUUCAAGUAAUGAUUAAACUGAAUCUUAUAGUCCUUACGAAAGAAGUGCUAUAAAAGAAAACCACAAGUGAAGGUAUCGGAACGUCUAAAGAUAGGCCCUCAAAUCUCCAAUGGAUCUGAAUCUUUUAUCUUGUGAUUUGUAAUAUCGUCACAAACGAGUUUUUCUCUCUUCCAAUUGCAAUUUUCUGUCAGUGUAAUGUAGCAGUAUUUUCCCUCCUUUUACUGCGGAUCAUUUUCAGCUCAAACAAACAGUUACUAACAAUAUAAUAUAUAUAGAUAGCUUAACUUAGUAGCUUAUAGACUGAAUAUUAUGCAGCAGAAUAUUGAUAACACGAGGUUCACGUUGAGUGUACAGUAACAUGCGCGUAUACUCAUUGAUCAAACCUAAUUUGAAUCGGUAAAUUCUCAACUUAAAGGAAUAAGAGUCUCCUUUUCAAAAGCAUUUUUACUGAAAAAAUUAAAUCAGAUGUGUCUUUAAUUACAAAAACAUACUUUACCACACCACAAAGCUAACCAUAACUAGAACUAUUAGAAAUAUGUGAUGCAAUAUAGGGAAAAUACUUUGGUGGCACA